AUUGAAGCUUCUUUUCUAAGAAAAGUCACACAAAUCAUCUCUCUUUAUUAACAACUUCUCCUCACCAUUCACCUCCGAUAAGAAAACACCCUUCCUUAUUAGAACAAAGAAGACGAUCAUUCUAAAGAAAGAAAGAGAGAUGGGUUGUAUUCACUUCGAGUCAUCAGAUCAAUGGACACGCUCUGUCCAAGACGAAGAAACAUCCAACACAGCUUCACCACAACACGAGCAAGGAGGAGGAGGGAUCCAGGAAGCUUGGGCCGAGAUCGAGACUCGCGGAGGUGGUGGUCAUUUCGCCGGAGAGAGUAGGAACAACAAGCUUGAGAAGAGGAAGAGCCAAGUGUUGCUUGAGGGCUACGUUGAAGCUUCUGCUGCUGAUGAUUAUCAAGAAGAUCUUACGAGAGGUAAGAGUUUGACGGAUGAUGAUCUCGAGGAGCUUAAAGGCUGUUUAGAUCUAGGUUUUGGGUUCAGCUACGACGAGAUCCCUGAGCUUUGCAGCACUCUGCCUGCUUUAGAGCUUUGUUACUCCAUGAGCCAGAAGUUCUUGGAUGAUCAACAAAAGUCGUCGGACACGUGUCCGGCUGAAGAUGCUUCGCCGCCGCCACCGUCCACGACCGGUCCAGUUGCAAACUGGAAGAUCUCUAGCCCUGGUGAUAAUCCAGAUGAUGUAAAAGCUAGACUCAAAUACUGGGCACAAGCUGUAGCUUGCACUGUCCGGUUGUGUAGCUGAACAGCUACCAUCAUCAUCUUGUCUGAACAUAUUGGGUGAACCAGAAACAUUCUUCUGAAGACCUUUUUUGCAUGAAUGAAGUCUCUGCCACUGUUAGCUGAAGAAUAGACCUGCAUUGUGUGUCCAUGGAGAAACUGUGAUGAGACUUAGAGAGACAAAGAAACAACUGUGUUUUUGAAGUCCUCUGUUUUGUUGUGGCUGAGGUAACUUGAUCAUCUAACUGUCAGAGUUUUAAUUAACAAGUUCUGUUUCAUGAUCUUGAUCUGUCUUUGUUCUUGUGCUUCAGUUACAAGAUGUUAAAAAAAAGAACACGUCCGUACUUGUGAUUCUUUUUAUCUUUUUUUUUUUCUUUCCCGUUUGUGGGAAAGUAUCAGAAAGUUGUGGUAAUAAGUUGUGAACACGCUCAACGUGUCGUGUACGAUAGGGCAGACAUGAUCGUACUUUCACGUGUUCUGUUACGUAUCCAACUUUUCUAAUAACGGCGAAUAUGAUUUCUUUCUCCAUCUAA